AUGUAUCGUUCCAUUUGUAGAAGACCUCGACAAUCUUGACACACAACAGCGCUUGACUUUGCUUGAACUUCCUGACAUCCACUCGCUACUUCUCACUCCAUCCUCAGCUUUCUGACUGACUACACAUAGGCCGAGCAGUAAAUAAAUCCGUUCAUAACGGACUCGAUAAAGGAAAGCCACUCUUUUCUGGGGAUUAUUUGGAGUGAAUUCGCGCUGUCGUUGUGAGAAUAUUGUGACCUGUGAGUGUGUGCGUGUGCAGGCUUGCACUGGUUCACGCAAAUACUUCACACUUUACGAUUUACGCGUACCGACAACGACAACUCACAACCAAGAUGAGGUGCUUGACACUCUGGUCUUCGGUAAUACUACCAGCUCUUGCAGUUACUUGCUACUAUCCCAAUGGCACUCCAUCCGCAGACGGAGUUCCUUGCAGCAACAACGACACAGUGAUGUGCUGCCCGGACAAAUGGCAAUGUCUCUCCAAUGGCAUUUGUCACUACCAACCAGACAACACUUGGGGACGAUAUUCAUGCACGGAUAAGACUUGGGGUGGUAGUUGUCCUUCGAAGUGCAUUCGAAAGGUCUCUCAGCAAGGUAACGAAGCCAUCUUGCAAUGCUCAAACGGCCAAUGGUGUUGCGACACCAAUCAUCCAGAACUCGCCUCAAUGCCCGGAAGAAGCUGCUGUGAUGCUGGUGACAACAGCGCCUAUUUCGAUUUUGGAAAUGGAAUAGUCUUCGCGCAGAUAAACGGCACAGAAGCCAUUGCGACGUCAGCGGAUGUGUCCUUCACUUCAACGACAGUACUGCUAGAUUCAACAACCCUGCCAAUAGGUUCAGUCUCGGGCAACUCGGCCAGUUCGAGUGAGACAUCUGCUGUGUCUUCUCUGCAAGCACCUACCGCUAGUGUUUCAACAACAAGAAGCUACACAUCGAAUGAGAAUGGACACAGCUUAACAUCUUCAAGUCCUGUACCUGGCAUUUCGAUAAGUCCUUUGAGUCCGUUGUAUGAAGUCCCAUCGUCCACAUCCCCACCUUCAGCCUCGAGCAACGCUUUGGUAGUGGGGCUUGCGGUUGCGGUGCCCACAAGUAUCAUCGCAUUCGUUAUUUUGUCUUGGUUUCUGUGUUCAAAGUUCACAAGAAAGAAAGGGCAUCGUCGACAUGAGAACAUCUCUGCAAAAUUCGGUCCGGGAUUCUUAGAAAAGCAAGACUCUGAACAUGAAAACUCAACAUCGAAAAUCAGUGACAGAGAACCUCCACUUGCGCCCUCUGAAAUCGACAGUCGUGAGGUUCGCAUUGUUGUCAGCCAAAAUGAUACUGUCCACUCCGCAUCCACUAGCAGUCAUUUCUUAAGAGAAGAGACAACCGACACCUUAUAUCCACAUGCGCGGCCAAACUACAGCAUCGCCAUCAGUCCUUCUUUGUCACAGAGUCUUGAGGCCAGUGCGUCAAAGAGUAAUCAUCAAGACUAUUCCGGAUGGGCUGUAACUCCUUGCCUCCAAUAUCAGAGAUGGAGUGAGACUGCGAACCGCGAGGCUGGUAUCGUUCCUGUCAAUUCACCAAAUGGAGGUGGGAUUGAACAGGAUGCAGGGCAAAACGUUCAUGAAGUCACGGGUAGAGCGCGAAUUCCGUUUCCCAUUGCUGAAUUGCCCUGAAGCUGACUAGCAUCCGCUUCACUCACUUCACAUGCGGUAGUAAUCGGUAACGGCUGUAAUUCAAUGUGUAGGACAAGCUGAGACUUUGCAAAGUCAUGAGCUUAUCGCAGAAGACAGUUGAAAUAUCAC